UUCAUUCAUGCCUUUUGCAGAAGAACUCCAUUCGUUUUCUUGUUAGUCUUCUUAUGGGAUCGGAAAGUGUUUUGAUUUUGCCGAAGUCAUGUCCUCAAAUUUCAAAUAUUCUCUAACAAAAGUGUAUAAAAAUUAUCAAAAAUAUGUUCCGGAGUUGAAAUCUGCUGUUGUGCUGCGCACCAUCAUUCAAGUUUGCGUGCACUACAUUGAAACCAAAUCCUGCUCGAAGGAGGUUUUGGACCGAGCCGUUAAGAAGCUCCAAGCCUCGAACCAGGAUGUCCCGGAGCAUUUUUGCGAGCUGUUCGCCGGUAUACUGCAGCUGAUCCGGCUGUAUCUGCGCUACCCCAAGGGCAUCGUGAAGGAUGACGAGCUGAGGGAAUCGCUGAAGGAGCUCAAAUUCCGGGACGAUUGCAUUGAGGAUAUCGUCAAGGUGCUCCGGCAGCACCGGGAUCCGUUGAGCUUCAACUAUCGGGAAAUGCGAAAUCUUCGUUCGCCGCCAAGGAGGAUGGUCUGGCGGAUUAACGUUUCGUUCAUGGACAGGUCCUCGACCCGGCACCCCACGGUCAUCCUACACAUUCAAAAAACCGAUGGAGAAUUUCUCAGCUUCGAACUCAGCUUAUCAAUGUUCCACAGGCUUCGCUACAACGUCGCAUCUCUGCUACAUGAACUGCAAACCCUCGAGAGGCGACAGAGUGUAAGGAAAUCGUAGGAAAACAAGUUUAUAUAAUAAUCAUCAUCAUGUUGAUGUUUGUUCGCGUAACAUUCAAUCACCCCGAACGGCUCAUCGAUUUCUAAUAAACAACAUCAUUACUCCAUCA